AGGAAUAAUAAUACUCUGAUGCGCCAGGAAUUGUAACUGUAAAUUGUGAAACCUCCCUUUUCACCGGAUAAAAUUCCUGAUGUGAAGGUAUAAUUUCGUCAAGCUUCAAUAUUUGUACAUCGAUUUUGUAAAUAAUGAGUUACUUAUUAGAAGUAUUAUUGCCGUCAUACCAAGGGAACUGUAUGCACAGGUAAUAUAAUAUUUCAAUUUAAAACUUGACUUGACUAAAUCAAAUUAAUUAUCUAUUGGAAUCGAUUUCAACAUUUAUAAUAUGAGGUGUUUUACUAUUGAGUUAUAAAAUUUUCGUGUGAUUCAUAGCUGCAACUAUAUGUUUUCUUGUAAGUCAAAAACAACUGUAUGAUAAAUAUAAAUGAUCUGUUGACUGUUAGAAGUAAUUUACACCAUAUUCACAUUUUUAUUCCUGAAAAAUGUUUUAAAGAAUUCAGAUUAUUAAAAUUAUUGUUAUUAUGAAACAUGUUCGUAGACCCCCCUGUCUUGAAGGCCAAUUGCCAAAUCCCAAGUUUAUCAAAAUCUGUUAAUUUGUUUUUUCAUUUUGUGAUAGUUAUAAUUCACCCUGGUUGGAAUAUUGUUGUUCAACAUUUGUGGAAUGAUUACUACAUGUAAAUUAACCUAAAGACUUCCCAAUUACAUCAAUUCGUGGUAAAGAGACAGUUAAAUCCAAUUGCACUAUACAAUUUAAAUAAAUUUGUUGCAGCUUUGUUUAUUGUCUGAUUUCUGAUAAGCAGUAUACUUUUGAUUACCCUAACUUUAUUACUUAGCAUAAAUUAAGUUUGAACUGAACUAUGAAUAACAUGUUUUGUCUGUUUGCUAAUAUGCAGUGAAAUUCAAAUAUAGUCUAUGUAGGGUGAAGUUUCAAUUAUUAGCAAUGCAUAAAAUAAUAUAAUUUGGAGAUGAAAAUAAAUGAAAUUAAAAAAAAGAACCAUGGAAUCCUUCCAAUCAACUGAAUAUGGGGAUAUAUGCCCCAUGUUUUUCUUGGAUUGUCAAAAUCUUGAUCCAAAAAGGAACAUGACACCAGAAGAUCUUAUUUUUCAAAAUACCAAACUUGAUGAAGAAGAGAAGAUAUCCAUUUCAGAGAUGAUCAAACAGCAACCAAGAAAAGGCUUAUUUGUUUUGGAUAUACCUGAUAUCUUCGAUUAUAAAUCCCAUAAUAAAAAAAUUUCCAAGGAAGAGAAUUGCAAACCUUUAAGAAUUUUGUUGCCGUUGAUUCGUGAAAAUUUGUUUCCUCGUGACCGCGUCAUUACAUCUGAGAGAUAUUUCAACCCAAAUGAUUCUGAGCCUCAGAAAAUAAUAGCUUUUUCUGGUCUGACUCAUGAUUCUAUUGGAAUGAUUGCUAUGGGAUAUCUUGGGGGAACACAUGUAAUUGAAAUGUUGCAAAAUUCACAACUGAAAUCAACUUCACUCCCAUCGCUUUGCAACAUUCCAAUAUUCUUGACAUACUCUAUCAAUGGCAUAACAAGUGAUGACUAUUUUAGGCGAAAUACAAUAUCAGGUGUUAUGAUUAUUUUUUUUCAAAGUUUUAUCGGGUCAAAAAAUAUCUUGAACACAUUUAUGGAGGAUCUCCUUGAAAAAUUGAAACUGUUAGUAUACACAGGAAUUCAAAAGUGUAAAGCAAUAUUCAAUUCUCGAGAUUUACCAAGACACCACCUUACAUUGAAAGAAACUGGAGAUUUCACAUUUUCAAAAGUUGGGAUGCCUAAGGAAACAACUAGAGAUUUAGCUGUGGAGCAAAUCAUGACAAAUUUUCUUGAUGGAGUAGAAACACCUUAUGACAUGAUCGAAAAAUGUCGAGAACAAAAUGUACUACAUUGGAAUGAGAUUCAAAUCGCUCAUAUGAAUGUUACAAAAUCUACAAUCGAGUUCGUUUCAAAAGUCAUCAGUAUUCCAUCUAGUAUAUUAGAAUUUGCAUUGCGUGAUGUAAACCUGACAACAGACAACAUUCUCUCUUACUUCAAGAAUUCUUUUUGCUAUAUACGCGAGUUUUCAGUUAACUGCGAAAAAAACAUAUCCACUUUACUGCCUACAAUUUGCAAGAUUUUAUCAAACUGCAAAUCUAAAAUACUCAACGUGAGCGAAAAUGAUAUUUCAGAAGAAUUUCUUAGAGAGUUAUCGCAAAAUCUUGAUGAAACUAACUUGGUGAAGACACUCAUUGGGCUAGAUCUCAGCCACAACACAACUAUUCAAGAUUUUUCUUCGCUAGCUGAUAUUAUGAAGAAAUUACCAAUUGAAGUAUUGAGACUGAUGAAUUGUGGAAUAAUAGAAGAACACCUAAAAUCUUUAACCAAAAAUAUUUUUGAGGGAAAGGUAAAACAUCUGAAUCUGAGUUACAAUCCUGAAAUGACAUCUUCUUGUUUUAAAAUGAUUGUUCCUUUGCUGCAUAAAAAUGGUGUUGAUUUUCUUGGUUUGAGUGAAUGCGAGUUGACUGAUGAGAAAAUUCAUACAUUACGCGAGUCAUUGCAAUCUGGAACUUCGAUUCGUGCUUUUGACGUCAGUUAUAAUGAAUGUUUGGAGUUUGGGGAUGAAUCAGACUUAAUACUGCUGAUAAAAAAAUCGUAAUGUCAAAGAUCUAAAUGUAUCCGGUUGUGAGUUGACGGAAGAUCAAGUUGAAUCAAUGGGGAAAGCUUUACAAGAACAUGAGUUUGAAACACUAAACAUCAGUGAUAAUGUGUCCAUACGUGACGGUGUCAAACAUGUCGGAGAAAUGGUUGGAACCUGUCCUAUAAUUAAUCUUGAUAUGAGCGAAUGCAUGUUCAACACAAGACAACUAAAUACUUUCGUCGACGAACUUGGUUCUUCUCAGUUGGAGACUCUAAAUAUCAGUGAUUCGAAGCGAUAUGUCGACACAAAUUAUAUUAAAGUUGUCUGCAAACUUGUUCCAAAAGUUAAAAAGGAAUUAACUGUAUGCUUCCCCCGCAUGUCUGAAGAUUGCUUGGAUUUGUUGCAAACAACAUUGGAUCAUACUGGCAACAAAAAUCUUCGUAUUACCUAUGGCUACAAAACUGACAGCAUCAAAUCAAUAAACAGCGUCAAGUUCACUCCUUCUGUCGACAUGAGGAAAUAUCUUGUACACAAGCCCAAUAUACCGUCAUGAUGAUUGGUUUCAUGAUUUACUGUAAUAUACAUUAUAGCCAGUGUUAUAUAUUAAGUACAUGCAUUACCUUGGCUACAUUGUUUACCUAAUAACAAUAACUAAAAAGUGUCGGAUAGUAUAUAAAUCUUACCAAAAUUAGGUUUUAAACUUAUUCUCUUCACGAAAUAAAUAUAAUUAAAAGUGGCACAAACAACAAUUUUAACAUUAGCUCGAAUGAAGAUAUGGUCACUAAAGCAUAAAUUUUCAUUUUUCGUAGUUUUCAGUUUUCAUUGUGAAUGUAAGCUUUUUUAUUGGGAAGAUUUUUGGUCAUUUUCAAUAUUUUUAACAUGACAAAUAUAAUCAAAUUUUUGGAAACUAAGACACGUUCUUUUACCCGUUUUAAGUAUUUCCUACUGAAGCACUAAGCGACCUAUCAUUAAAGACGUAAUGACAUGUCAAGUUUCUGGAUAUACCUUUAUUAAAACUUCAAUGGACGUGGUGAUGCGAUCAUGUCUUGUAUCGUCGUUCUGAAACGGCUUUUUCUGCGAUUAAUCAAUAUCUCAAUUUACGGGUUUUACAUUUACUAACUAACAUACGUGUAGUUAAGAUACUGAUUUAUUUCAGAAAAAGCAGUUUCAGAACGACGAUACAAGACAUGACUGCCGCACCACGCCCAUUCAAACUUUGAUAAACGUAUAUUAAACAAACUGUCAUUACGCCUUUACUGAAAAGUCACUUUGUGCACCAGUAAGAAAUACGUGAAACGAGUAAAAAUACGUGUCCUUUUUACGUGUAGUUUUUAAAAACUUGAUUAAAUUUGUCAUGUUAAAAAUAUUGAAAAUGACUGAAAAAUUUCUUCCCAAUAAAAACGCUCACGUUCACAAUGAAACCCCAAAAUUACGAAAAUUUAUGCUCUGGUGACCAUAUCCUCCAUUCGAGCUAAUGUUGAAAAUUGUUUUGUCGUGGAUUAAAAUGGAUUUGUUCAUUUCACUUUUAUUUUUUCCUAGUAAGAUGUGUUUCAAAUGUCCAGGGUCCAUUGUUGUUUAAUUAAAUAUGUUGUCUGUUUCAAGUUAUUCAACAGUAUUGUUGCACACUGACUAAAAGUUAGUAUGCAGCAAAACUUUUGAACAAUUUAGUACAGAUGUCGUCACUUUUUUUGUGUGUUGAGAGCUAUGUUUACAGCUCUUAACUUUAAUUUUUAAAUUUGUCCUUGAAGUUCAUCUUUCACAUAAGAGCAAGCAACUACCGAAAUCUAAAUAUAUUAUUCAGUUUCUUUAUUUGUAGUGAUUGUACGAUAUUUAUGACAUAGUUUAUAAAGCGACACUGCGAACUAUUCAUUUAUUAAAAAUUAUAUCAUCAUCGUAGUUUAUUUUUUGUUGUGCCAGAAACAUCUCUUAUAUCUACGCACGCUGUAUUUCGAAGCAUUGAACGUAUAUUCUUUUUUGAUUAUAACGCCGAGCAGAUGGCACCUUUUUGAAAUUUUGACACAAGUUUGGACCUAUGAAUUCCUUUCCUGAAUCGUUAUUGUUGAAGUGCAUUUUGCUUGUUCGAAUCGCUGUGAUUAUAUGCUUCGUAAUAUGAUUAUGCAAUCGGUAUUAAUUUUUUUACUAUUUGCUUUUAUUUUGUCCUGAAAGUUUGAAACCGAAAUAUAGUAAAAUGAAAAAUA